AUGAAACAUCAACUUGUGGCACUUUUGUUUGUCUUCGAUUUCAUGAAAGUCUUAGUGCUGAGUAUCGUAACGGGUCUCAAGUUGUUGUUCAAGACAGUUUUCAUCCGAAAACGAAAGAACAUUUCGGAGCAACUUGCGCUCGUGACGGGCGGCGGAAAUGGCUUGGGACGCGAAAUUUGUUUAAGACUCGCACAGGAAGGAUGUAACUUGGCAGUAGUCGAUUUGAAUUAUGAAGCAGCAAAAUUAACAGCAGACGAUGCGAAACGAUAUGGCGUGGAUGCAACUCCGUAUCAAAUUGACGUUUCAGACUUUAUGGCUGUAGAAAAGUUGAAAAAGAUCGUAAAUGCGGAUAUGGGACCUGUAGAUAUUUUAGUGAAUAAUGCUGGAGUGAACUUUACGGGACCAAUUGUGGAAGAACAUCCCCUAAAAAUACAAAAAUUCAUGGAUAUUAACUUGAUGGCGUAUUUUUGGACAACUCGAGUCUUCUUACCUCCAAUGAUCAAACGAAAGCACGGACAUAUCGUUGCAGUUUCCUCCUUGGCAGCAUAUUUUCCGAAUCCAAAUGUUGCUACCUACACAACUUCCAAAUUCGGCAUUCGUGGCUUCAUGGAAGCCCUUAACCAUGACCUUUACAUACAAGGACAUGAAGAUUACAUCAAGACAACUUGCGUUUUUCCUUACUACAUCAGCACAACAAAAUCAUUGGAAGAGCGU